AUGAGCGACGCUGAAGAGCUGCUUGAGUUGCGGCAGGCGGUUGCCGCAUACCGGGCGCAGGUAGCAGCGGCUAAUGAGCGCGCCGAAGCUGCCGAAAUCCGCCAUAAAGAAGAGGAAGACCGCCGCCGCAAAGAAGAAGUCCUCCGCAAAGCUGCUGAAGCCCGCCAGAAAGAAGAGGAAGACCGCCGCAAAGAAGAAGAAGUCCGCCGCAAGGUUGCUGAAACCCGCCAGAAAGAAGAGGAAGAUUGCCGCAAAGAAGAAGAAGCUCGCCGCAAAGAAGAAGAAGCUCGCCGCAAAGAAGAAGAAGUUCGCCGCAAGGCUGCCGAACAGCAACUGGCUCCCUCCGAUUACAACACCUAUCUCGACUUCUGUCACCGGGACAUCUCCCUCAAACUAGCUAUCGAGACGAAUGCUCGCCUAGCCUUUACUGGCAUCCCGCUCUUCUGGUCGCCUGGCCAUGUCGGCGUCGUCCAGAAGCUUGUACAGAGCAGGAAGAUGACGGACGAACAGGACAUGCGAAUGUUUCAAUUUCUGGCCGUCGAGUUAGGUGUGCGUGAGGUGUUACUUACCUUUCUCCAAGAGACGAAGGCAGCGGCCGACAUGGAAAAGCAGAAGCAGCAGCAGCACGAUCAGGGAGAGGAGGAACGGGAACAAGAAGAAAGCCGCUCUGAGGAGACGCACUCUCUUCCGACCACCAUCCUGUUCGAAAGCGUGUCAUACGGGCUGUCGGUCUACGAUAGCGAUGAUCCCGACCUCGACAACCCCAAUCGUCCGGCGUAUAAGCCGGCUCUGGUGCUGGCCCGGCAGCAGGAUAGACAGGAUCGGGGGCGACCGCGCGGCGAAACCGACGACGGACCCCCUCUUAAACGGGUGUCGUCGCCGACGCGCAAGCACUUUCCCGACCAGUGGCUGAUUCGGGAAGAGGUGGACGGGAGGAUCCGGCCUGUUUUCAUUGUCGAAUACAAGGCCGCACAUAAGUUGCGUGCCAGUAUGGUGAAGUUGGCCUUGGACAACGCGUCGAACGGGGGCUUGUUUGCAGCGGCUCUACGCAACAAGCUCAGCAAUACCGUGCCGCAGGAGGGGGACGAAAAGAUGCUGGCAGAGGCCCAAAACGCUACAGCCGCGGUCGUGACACAAGCGUUCCACUACAUGGUUGAGUUUGGCCUGUGCUACUGCUAUGCGACGUCAGGCGAGAUGAUCCUACUGUUGCAUCUCCGACCGGAGGAGCCAGAGACCCUGUAUUACCAUCUGUGUGUGCCUGCAGACGAGAUGACCGAACGGAUCUCGGACCAGAUGGGACUUACCAUGCGAUCAGCCGUGUCGGUGGUGUCUGCACUAGCUUUGCUCGCUUUGGACAGUCCUCUUCUGAGCCAGCGAUGGAAGCUGGAAGCGGAUAGCCGGCUGAAGCGGUGGCCGACAGCGUAUCCACAGAUGGAGGCACACCUGCCCCAAGACAGCGGGAGUGAAGAGAGCGAUGGGAGGCCGGCGGUUCCGUUGCUGCCUCCACCGGGAACCGGGGAGCAAGAUUGCCGAGACCCGACCAAACCAGGACGGAAACCGCCCAAGGGCGAUGGGGAUGGGGAUUUCACACCAGCACGUUCGACAGGCGCGGUGACCGGCAAGUCCUAUGCCACACGGUCGGCGGCAUCGCGAACGCAGGGCUCUGGCAGCAGCAAGCAGCUGAUACAGCAGCUACAGGAACAGCUGGGGGAGGACAUGGACAACCACUGCGACGCGCUGGAUCGGUAUCGCAAGUGUGGUGCGAUCGGCACGCUGUUCCGGCUGACGCUGCCGGAGUCCGGAUACUGCGUUGUUGCCAAGGGAGUGGAGCGGGAAAAUGCUCGACGACUGGAGGCAGAGACGGCCAUCUACGACUACCUGCACGACUGGCAAGGCGACUUGGUGCCGGUGUGUCUGGGGACGGUGGAGCUGGUGCACGACUACAUCUCGAUGCGAGGGAUCCACGUGACGCAUAUGCUGGUGCUGUCGUACGGUGGUGAGCCGGCGCUGGCCGUGCAGGUGCGAGACAGGCCGGUGCCGACGACGGAGACGCUGCAGCAGCUGGCCCACCAGGCCUGGUUCCAGUUGGCCGCGACCGGGAUUGAGCACGGGGACGAAAGAGAGGCAAACAUGGUGUGGAACGAGGAACGACAGCGGAUGAUGUGUAUUGAUUUUGACCGGGCCUGGAUCGUGAAGCCGAAGACGAAGAAGGGUCGAGGGUCAAGGGAGACGGGGGAGACGGACGAGAGGCUUUGGAAAAAGCAGCGGUUGCACGGAGUGACGACGAGGAAGUCUGAUAUGGCCGAGGUAGGUUCGUGA